CCCCUCCCCUGCCGUCGCGGGCGCUCUGUCCCGGGGGGGCGGGCUUUCCCGGCGCCGCCGCCCCUUCCUCGUCCGCCGCCGUUCAAACCCGCUCUCUCCACGCCGGGAUGCAGGCAGAGGACGCGGGACGGCAGCGGCGCAGCGGCCGCGGGGAGAAGCUCGGCGCCGCCGCGGACUAACGGAGCGAAGUUCCGGUUCGGUGAAGUCCGGUGGACCGGGAGGCGCUUUCCGGAGAUUCGGGCGGUGCGCUGUCCUGUGGGAUGGGUGACGGCCAGGAGCAGGAGGAGCGUCUGAAAGAGGUCUUUGAGAGUUUCGACGCCAGCGGCUGCGGCUCUCUGACCCCCGAGGAGCUCGCCGACCUCUGCCGGUCCCUGCAGCUGGAGGACGCCACGCCCGCUCUGCUGCACGCGGUGCUGCAGGACCAGGACCGGCCCACCGCCAGGGUCGACUUCCAGCAGUUCAAGAACGCGCUGAUUCAGGUUCUGUACGCCGCCUUCCCGGGAGCUCAGGAGGAGCAGGAGGCUCCGCCCCCCACAGCUUCUCCUGAAAUCCAACCAAAGUUUGUGAAGGGCAGCAAACGUUACGGCCGCCGCUCCACGCCAGAGUUCCUGGAGCCCGCCUCCGGCAUUCCUGACGUUCCCGACACGAACUCGACAGAGAGGGGUUUGGAGGACAACGAUGACUCGGCAGUUCCCAGGAAGCGCGAGCGCUGGAAUUCCCAGGAAAACAGCUCGGAGGAGUUCGAGGCUGAAGGUCAGAUGCACCUGUGGAACCCGGACGGGCCGAGCACGCCGCGAGGAUCCGUCGCUCCGCUGUCCGUCCGACUGGAGGCGGAGCUCCGACACGCCUGCGAGGAGCUGGGGGUGGCGUGGGACGGGCGUGCCGCUCGGUCCGAGCUGCUGGUUCUGUGUGAGCAUUUGGGCCUGGAGCUCGGCGCCGACGCCCUCCUGGAUCCCGACGAGCAGACGGACGUCCAGGAGUUUGUUUCCAGGCUCGUGACCCGCCAGCAGCCGCCGACGCCGUCGGCCUCCACGCCGUACAGGCAGCUCAAACGCCAUCACUCCACUCAGUCUUUUGAUGAAGGCGGCCGCAGGAUUCUUGCUUUCUGCAGCGGUACGGCCACGCCCCUUUUCUCCUGGCUGGACGACGGCGCCGGCCACGCUGCAGUGGAGAGCGUCCUGGAAGCCUGGAUGGACGAGGGGGUGGAGAACGGCGUGGAGAUCCUGCAGGUUCUGGAUCUGGAGCUGGACGGGAAGCUGAACCUCGCCGACCUCACCGCCGCGCUGGAGAGCGAGCUUCUGGGCGCCAAGAGCGAGGUUCUGCAGGCGGCGCUGGCCAGCUUCAGGGCGGAGAUCCGACACCUGCUGGAGAACGUGGAGCAAGAGAUCCGGGAGAAGGAGAAGAUCCGAUCGGACCUGGAGAAGGCGGAGAAGCAGAGAACUCAGCUGGCCUCUGAGGUGGACGAGCGUCACGCCGCCAUCGAACGCCUGAACAGCCUGAACCUCAGGAAGCUGGAGCAGGAGCACCAGGAGAGGCUGGGUUCGGUCCGGUCCGAGCUGAGGAAGGAGGUGGAGCAGAUCCAGCAGCACGCCGCUCUGCAGCGCGAGGAGGUGGAGGCGGAGCUCGCCAAGAUCAAGGAGGAGGAGUCUCUCCUCAGAGACCACCUGUCCAUCUCUCUGAAGGAGAACCGGCGGCUGGAGACGGAGCUGCUGGACGGCGCCGAGAAGCUGGAGGAGGCUCGGAGCCAAAUUCUGAAGCUGCAGAGGAGUCUGGAGAACCUCAGCAAGGACAAGUUUGGAGAGCUGGAGCCCGGCAGUGCGGACCUCCUCCUGCAGGAGGAGCGCCUCCAGCAGCUGCGCCGCGGCUACGAAGCUCAGUGCCGGGAGCUGCAGGACCGCAUCGAUGAGCUGCAGUCGGAGCUGCAGGACGUCCACGCCCUCAGCAAAGGCCACGCCCACCCCCACAAAGCUCUGUCCGAGGAGCUGGAGAGCCAAAGCCCGGGGAUGGAGUCCGACCCAGGGAUCGGCUCCGAGGAGGCGCAGCCGUUCAGCAUGAGCCUGGAGGCGGAGAUGAUGCUGGAGCGGCUGAAGGAGCAGCACCUCCUGCAGGUGGAGGAGCUUCACCACCAGCUGGAGGUCAAAGUCAAUGAGUUCAACAGGAGGCUGGAGGAGCAGCAGGAGGUUCAUGAGGAGCAGGAAGCGUCUUUGAGCCUUCGGUACCAGCAGGAGCUCAGAGCUCUGCGGGAGGAGAUGCUCAGCGUCCAGAACCAGAACCAGCAUGUGGAGCCAAAGCCGGCCGCAGGAGGAGAAGAGGAGCAGCUCAGACAGCAGCUGCUGGAGGCGCUGCGGGUCUCUGCAGACCUGGAGGAGCAGCUGAAGAUCCUGGAGGUCCAGCGGACGGAGGAGAAACUCCAACUUCUCAGUGAGAUGGAGGAGCUGAAGGAGCAGCAUGCUGAGGAGAUCAGGAAGCUGAAAGAGGAGCAGGAGGAGCUGCAGGAGGCCAGAGCGGAGCUACAGGAGGAGAUGGAUGAGCUAGAGAGGAGGUUAUCAGCUGGGUGGGAGCAGGAGAAAGGAGCUCUGGAAGAAACCCAUGAAAACCUCCUGCGAGUCAGACUGGAGGAGGUGAAGGUGAAGUUUGAGGAGGAGAAAGGAGGACUGGUGAGGAGGUUGACUGAGGAGUGGGAGGAGGAGAAGGCUCGGCUGGACCAGCAGAGGAAUGAGACCCUGCAGGAGCUCCUGGAGGAGGAGAUGCUGAGGCUGGUCAGGGAGCAGGAGGAGAAGGAGGGCAGCUUGAGGGAGGCGUGGGACAGGGAGCGGGCUCAGCUGGAGGAGCAUCAUGAGGAGGUUCUGCGCAGGAGGAUCCUCGAGCUGCAGGAGCAGUCUGAGCAGAAGGAGAGGAGGCUGAGGGAGGCGUGGGAGGAGGAGAAGCUGCAGCUGGAGGAGGACUACGAAGGGAUGAUCCAGGAGCGGCUGAGCCAGGAGAAGGAGAAGCUUGAAGAGGAGAAGGAGCGGAUGGAGAAGGAAGCGGCAGAGGAGAAGGAGCGGAUGGAGAAGGAGGCGGCGGAGGAGAAGGAGCGGAUGGAGGCGCGGCACAGGGAGGCGGUGAAGGAGCUGAGCGUCAAACACGGCGAGGAGCGGAGCGCGCUGAGCGGCGAGCUGCAGAGGCUGCGGGACGACGUGGCUCUGGAGAGAUCCGAAGCCGGCCGUCUGGCUCAGGAAAACCAGGCCCUCCGGAAGAGGAUCAGCGCUCUGAAGGAAGGAGACCUGAGCCAGGAGGAGCUGCUGCAAACGCUGGAGCGGCUGAAGAAGGAGAAGUCUGCGGCCCAGAGAGCCGCUGAGAGCUUCAGGAGACAGAGCCGACAGCUGGAGGACGAGAACGGCCUUCUGACGGAGAGGAACGCCCAGAGCGCCGCUGACCUGGAGAGUCUGCGGCUGCAGCUGGAGGAGAGGAGGGAGGGGCUUCCGGCGGAGGGGAACGCCAGGGUGGCGGCGUGUGUGUCGGCCCUGGAGGCGGAGCUUACCAAAGCUCUGGAGGACUCGGCGCAGCUGGAGGACAGGAACCUGCAGCUGUCCCAGACGCUCCGGGAGAAGGCCGCCAGGAUGGAGGUGAUGGAGAGUCGGCUCAGCCAGAUCCUAGCGGAGCGCCAGAACGCCGAUAAAGAGACGGCGGUUCUCCAGAACCAGCUGGCUAAAGCUCAGGAGAAGGUGAAGGCGGUGGAGGACAACCUCCAGGCCGCCACGCGGCAGAGCACCCGGCUGAAGGCGGAGCUAAAAGGCUCCCAGCAGGAGAAGGACUCCCUGAAACGGGAGGUGGCGCUGCUGCACAAGAAGCUGCUCCACGUUCAGGAGAAGAACCACUCCCUGGAAGCAGCGCUGCACACCGGCGGUCUGCAGAGCCACGGUAAGAAGGAGGCGGUCCGGCUGAAGGAGCAGGAGCAGCGUCUGCUGCGGCAGGAGAACGAGCGUCUGCAGGCCGACGCGCGCGGCCUCCGAAACGAGCUGCUGCAGGCCAGAGAGAAGAUCCACCAGCUGGACGGCGCCGUCCUGACCCUCAGCAAACACAAACCGGCCGGGCAGACGUCUGCGCUGAAGGCGCUGGAGCAGGAGAACGCCGCGCUGAAGCGGGAGCUGGAGGUGCAACGGGAGCAGGCUGAAGGAGGCUGCAGCUCGGCUCUGGAGGAUCUUCGUCUGGAGAACGAAGCUCUGAAAGCUCAGAUGUCUCGUCUGUCCUCACAGCUGCUGGAGUCCUUCCAGGCUCAGCUGGUCGGACUUCUGCCUCCGUCUCCUCACAGAGUCCAGAGAGGACAUCGCGGUGAAGACCCGGAGAACCUGCAGGAUGAGAGGAAGAUGAGGGCGAUGGAGGAGCGCAUGAAGGAGAUCGAGCUGUCGCUGCACAACGUGAAGCUGCUGCUGAAGGAGAAGGUGUCCCAGCUGAAGGAUCAGCUGCACAAGAACGGCAAAGCGGAUGUUCUGAUCAAAGACCUGUACGUGGAGAACGCUCAGCUGGUGAAAGCCCUGGAGAUCACCGAGCAGCGGCAGAAGAUCGCAGAGAAGAAGAACUACCUGCUGGAGGAGAAGAUCUCCAGCCUGAACAAGAUCGUCCGGGAUUUGAACCCGGCCCCGUCCUACAGCUACAAAUGACCCGGAGCUCCGAAGGCGUCUGACCCGAGAGUCGAAGCCGUUCUGACGUUUGAUUGGUGGCUUCGUUUUACCUGCAGACCGUGACGUCCACGUGGGAUCUGAUCUGUUUUAAUGGUAGAACGUCCGUCCAAGAGGAGCGGAGGAAUCCUCGUGACGUGUUUUAGCGGUUUUAUUUAAUGAGAUCAUGCAGACGUACCUUUAUUUAUGAAACACUUUAAAAACUGUCGAGAUGCAAUAAUAAACUUUAAUGAAGAUGUUUGGAAAAUGUGAGGCUGAAGGUCGGAGUCUGAACGGGAAUAAAUGAAGUGAUGAUGUUUGUGGUUCUCCUGCAGAAUUCAGCUGCGUUUGACUUUCAGCUUCACACAAAUGUUUAAAGCUGAAAAACGAGGUUUGAAGUCAUAAAAUAAAUCUGAGAAGAACCAGGAGUAAAUAUC